AUCAAGGGCAAACAAUACAUUUUCUAUUAAAACAAAAAUUGAGAAAAUCUUUAGAGUAUCAAAGUUAAGUGAUCUAUGUGUUACUGCCAGGGAGAAAGACAUGCUUUUAUUUAUUAUUUUUAAGAUUUGUUUUGGUUUUAUUUAUGUGCGUAUGUCUGUGUAGUAUAUGCCAUGUGUCAGGAGGUUCCCUUGGAGGACAGCAGAAGUUACAGGCAGUGGUGGCCCACAUGGGAGCUGGGUACGGAACUGAGUUUGUCUUGAAGGAGCAGCAAGCUCUCUUAAGUACCAAAGCAUCUCUCCAGCCCCUGGACGAUAUUUCUUGGGUGGUUUCCUGAAGGUGUAGAGAGAUAGCAGCCCUUGACCAGGAAGAGCUUUCCAAACCUGCCAAUGGUCAAUGGUCUGAGGCACGGCAGAGCCGCCAUCUCUCACUUAGCUUGUCAGAAACCAGGAACACAUGAAGAAGGAAAAGGUUCACACUGACACCAGCAGUCCACUGAGGAAGAGUUCACUGAGGUGUCCUCCUGUCUGUCUGUUGCUUUUCUCUUCCAGCACUCCGACUCCAACACUCAUUCCUCUCCUUGCCCUGUGUUAGUCAGGGAGAAUUCCCUACAGGAGAUCUCCGAUGCAUUCCUGGCCAACUGAAGCAGAGAACAGUCACUCUACCAAGUUUGUACCUUGAUGGCUGCUCCAUGGCUCUCUCCCAUCCUGCCAUGCCCCCAAUGCCUGCUUUCCCAGGGUUAGUUUGGAGGCCUGCACUAUGGCUUCUUCCUCCUCCAUCCCUACCUCUUCCACUCAGUCCAAGAAGCCUCGAGACAAAAUAGCUGACUGGUUCAGGCAGACUUUGUUGAAGAAGCCUAAGAAAAUGCCAGCCACCCGAGAAAGCCACCCAAGUGAUGAUUCGCAAAAAGCCACACAGGACGGUCUCCCACCCCCGAGCCGCAGCUCAACCCGGAGUCACAGCUCAACGUCGAACUGCAGCUCAGGAACGUCUCCUACCCUGCAACCAACACACAUGGCCACCAGCUGCAGCAGUGGCCGCUGGAGCAAAGACUAUGACGUCUGCGUGUGCCACAGUGAGGAGGACCUAGAGGCCGCCCAGGAGUUGGUCUCCUACUUGGAGGGUAGCAAGGCCAGCCUGCGCUGCUUCCUGCAGCUUCGGGAUGCAACCCCGGGUGGCGCCAUUGUUUCUGAACUCUGCCAGGCCCUGAGUAGUAGUCACUGCCGCGUCCUGCUCAUCACCCCAGGCUUCCUCCGGGACCCCUGGUGCAAGUACCAGAUGCUGCAGGCCCUGACGGAGGCCCCGGGGGCGGAAGGUUGCACCAUACCCCUGCUAUCCGGCCUGACAAGAGCCGCCUACCCGCCGGAACUCCGAUUCAUGUACUAUGUGGAUGGCAGAGGCCGGGAUGGUGGCUUUUACCAAGUCAAGGAGGCUGUCAUACGCUAUCUGGAAACACUAAGUUGACACUUAAGUUUUCAUGAGAAAAGUUGGAAAUAGCUCACCCCAGGUGCUGGAUUCCAGUCGCUAUGGCCUCAGAAGCCAGAGCCAGCUGCACUCUGGACAUGGCACAGGAUCAGCGUGCCACCAGCUUCUAUCACUGUGGGCUCCACAAGAAGGCCAGGCAGAAGAUGCUCCCCCCACCACCACCAAGGAGACCAGGGGGAAGGUGGGGAUUCCCCAAGAAGGGCAGAAGGAGCCAGGGACUCUCCCAGGAAGGCAACGAGGAAGUCAGAAAUUGGAGUUGUCAAGAGAUUGUGACGUCAGGAGGGGCAGCAGUGUCUUGUUUGCUGCUUAACUGAACAGGAAGUUGACACACAAUGCUCUUCUUCUCUGGAGUCAGGCACCGGAGUAAAUAGGUACCACUCCUCAUGAGGGGUGAGCAUGACUGAUGAACUAGAAGUCAAUGCUCUUCUUAGUUGCCUGGGGAACCGGGGAGAGGUGGCAGGUAUCAGGUCCUUCACACUCACACUACUGUAGCUCUUUCCCAGAGACAUCAACUCACUUUACAAAGCUGGAGGAAAGACACGUCCAGCCCCACACUGAAUACCACCUACUGAACAAUGCUCAUUUGAAAUACAAACCUUGCCGGGUGGUGAUGGCACUUGCCUUUAGGAGGCAGAAACAGACAGAUCUUUGUGAGUGCAAGGCCAACCUGAUCUACAAAGCAAGUUGCAGGACAGCCAGAG